AUGGCUGCCCUGCGCCUCAGGUACCCCAUCUGUAAGACGGGGAUCACCUACAUCUACUUCCCAGAAACUCACUUGGCCGAAAGGGACGCGUCUCACUCUUCCCGGGACAGAGCCAGCGCGGACUUGCUGCCUCGGGAGCUGCUGGACGGCCAGACGGGGAAGGGACGCGCGGCUGGCGUUGGCUGCCCAAGAGGCAAGGAGGACGUUCUGGGUGAAGAUGUGGAGAAAGGCGAUGGAGAGCUGUCGGCUGAAGAAAGAGCCUUUCUGGAGGAGUACCCUUUCCUGAAAGAGGAGCUGGAAGAGGGCAUCAGAAAGCUCCACGCCCUUGCGGACCAGCUGGACACCACGCACCGGGCUCUCACCAAGACCAGCGUGCUGGCCGGCUCCAUCGCCGUGGUCUCAGGCACCAUGAGCAUCUUGGGGCUGGUGCUGGCUCCUGCCACCGCGGGGGGCAGCCUGAUGCUCUCUGCUGCUAGCAAGGGGCUGGAAACCGCAGCCGGGGUCACCAGCAUCCUGACCAGUGUUUGGGAACAUGUCCACAGUCAAGGAGCCCGCGCUCAGGCCAGCAGCCUGGUGCCCACCCGUGGCCCAGAGGCCAGGGAGGCCGGAGAGAGGGGGGUCUCCUACAUGACGGCUGCCAGUCAGCUUGUCUAUAAUUAUGGCAGCACCCUCAAGGAGAUCCAGAAGCACGUACGUGCCUUGCAGGCAGCCAGAGCCCAGCCGCACCUGGUCGCGGCCGCCCGGCGUCUCCAGGCCACCGGGCACCUCUCGGCCUGGAAGCGCAGGCAGGUGCACGGGGCCUUCCAGGGCACGCCGCUGCUGAUGACGAGAAGCGCCCGCUGGCUGGGGAGCGUGAUGACCGGCCUCUCCCUCAGCCUGGACUUGACCGUCCUCCUGAAGGACUGGAAGCAUCUGAAGGAGGGAGCGCGGACGGAGCUGGCGGAGGAGCUGAGGGCACAGGCCCAGGAGCUGGAGGGGCAGCUGAGGGAGCUUGCCCAACUCCUCGAGAGCCUGCAGCAGAAACUCUUGCCCCCCAAAAGGCCGAUGAGCUCGUCUUCGGAGGAAGCCACCGGGACUGUGCCUCCAGCCCCAGCCCAGCUAGGGGAAGCAGGAAGGCAGGUGGCGGGCGAGCCUACAGGUGGGCAGAGCCCAGGUCCCCGGGAGGGGUAG